AUGACGAAAAUAUUAUUCGUCAUUUAUUUAAUUGUUUUAUCAAUCGAUUCAACAAUUGGUUAUGCACAAGAAUGUAUUGUUGGACCUGAAUAUUGGUGUAAAUCAUUUGAAAAUGCACAAGAUUGUGGUUCAAUACAACAUUGUACUGAUACAGUUUGGAGUCAUGAUAAUAAAUAUGAAUUAGUUGCUUCAUCAACAACAUGUCAAUUUUGUCAAAAAAUUUUUAAAAAUACUCAUAAAGGAUUUGAAGAAUUAGCUGAUAGUGAAGAUGCUAUGAUAUUCACAUUAACUAGUGAAUGUAAAUCAUUAUUACCAAAUGAUCUUUCAACAAAAUGUGUGAAUAUCAUUCAAAAUUAUGGAAAAUCAGUUAUAACAUUGAUGAAAAAUCAACGUUAUGCAACAUUAUGUCAUUUGAUGGGUAUUUGUACUAGUGAAAUAAUUACUGAAAAACCACCAUCAAUAAUUCUUGGACAUGAUCAAUGUACAUGGGGUCCAUCAUAUUGGUGUUCAUCAUUGAGUAAUACACAUCAAUGUAAUUCGAUUGAUUUUUGUUCAGAACGAAUUUGGUCACAACAAACAAUUAUAAAAAAAGAAAAUGAUAAUGUUUGUCAAUAUUGUGAAUAUAUUAUAAAAAAAUUACGUAAUAAUAUAAAAGAUAGUAAAAUAGAAGUUAAUGUUGAAAAAUGGUUAUCUGAGACUUGUUUAAUGUUACAAACACAAGAAAUGAUCGAUAAAUGUGUACAAACAAUGAAUCAAUAUGUAAAAGAAAUUUUGAUUUUAAUCAAUAAUAAUAUUGAUCCUGGUAUAAUUUGUCAUUUGGGAGAAAUGUGUAAAGAUGCAACAAUUAUACAACGAGUACCUAUUGAUGAAGAAAAAAUAAAAUCAGUCGAUAUUGAUGAACAAUCAAAAAUAUUAUGUAAUGUUAUUGUUCGUGCUACAUAUGAUCUUCAUAUUACUCAUCAAAAAAGUCAAAAUGAUAUUCAAACAUAUUUAAAAAAUGAUUGUCAACAAUUAUCAACUUUUGAACUUAAACAAAAGUGUGAAGAUUUAGUUGAUCGAUAUGGUAAUAAUAUUUAUUUAUAUGUAGUUAAGAAUAUGGAAUUAUCAAAAGUCUGUGAUAAUAUUGAUUUUGUUACUGAACAUACUACAACUCCAGCUCCUUCCCAUGUUCAAUGUGAACAAUGUAUAUUCAUUUUAUCAGCCACUAAACACAUGUUCGAAGCGAAACAUGAUGAUGACAAAAUUCUUUCACAUAUUGAUGAACAAUUAUGUUCGAAUUGGGAUGGUGAAAUGAAGACAAAUUGUAAACAUGUUAUAGAAACACAUGGACAAGAUUUAAUUAAUAAUAUUCAACAUGGAACACAACCAAUACUUCUUUGUACUUAUUUUCAAGUUUGUCUCAAUGAAAUAACUGAUAAAGAAAGUCCAGUACAAAAAGAUGAAAUGCGUGUAUUUUUCGAAAAGAAUAUUUGUGAUCAUCUUGGACCAUUUGAAGAUUCAUGUCAUGCAUUAAUGGAAAAAGAUACUAUGCGUCUUUUGAAAACACUUGUUAAUAAUUUGGAUGGUGAUGUACUUUGUCAAAUGUUUGGAAUAUGUUCAACAAAAACAUCAAUUAUUGAUAAUUUAUCAAUUGGUGAUGAUAAAAAUAAAUGUAAACGAUGUAUUAUUGAUUUUACACGACGAAAACAUAUAGCUGAAAAACUUUUAAAUUAUUCAUCAGAAUUUCUUCAUCAUCUUUGUGGACAAUUACCUCAAGAAGAUGAAUGUAUUAAAACAGUUGAUGAAUCAAUUAAUAAACUUGUUCAAUUUAUUCAAUCAUUAAAUCCACAUGAUAUAUGUGUCGAAUUAAAAAUGUGUAAUGAAACAUUAUUAGAAGAAAUAGAACCAAUUCAAAUAACUGCAUCGGAUAAUAUCCUAAGUCAAGAAAUUAUAGUUUAUAUUAAAAAUGAAAUUUGUAUUAGACUUGGACCAUUAUCGAAAUUGUGUACUAAUGUAAUCGAAUCUGAAGGUGCAAAUCUUUUUGCUAUUAUUGCUAGAUAUGUAGAUCCACAUAGAGUUUGUAAUGUAAUUGAUGCAUGUCCAACUACUACUGCAUUUGAAAAUUGUAAUGAUAAAUGUGAAUGUUGUGUGAGUAAAAUUGAAAAUUAUCAAGUACAAUUAGCUUCAUUUUUACAAACUAUGUUGACAACUACAAAUGUUAUAUGUGAAUAUAUACCAGAUUCAGAAGAUUGUCGUGAAGUUGCUGCUGAAUUUAAAUCGACUAUUGAUGAAACAAUUAAUGGUUUUAAUGCUGAGCGAAUUUGUCAAUUCUUAAGUCAUUGUUCAGCAACUCCUGAAGAAUGUACUAUGAAUUGUGAUAGAUGUAAAUGUUGUCAAAAUCAUAUAAAUUUUCGUCAAAAUAAUUUCCGUAAAAUAAUUAAUGAAAUAAGAACAACUAUAGAUUCUUCAUGUAAUAAUAAUGAAUGUCAUUUAUUAAUUAAAUCUAAUUAUCAAGAAACAUUAAAUCAAAUAAAUCAAAUAAAUUCUUUAAGAUUUUGUCAACAUGUUAAUCUUUGUUCAUCUACAACUUCAUUACGAUCAAAUCCAUUGCCUUAUAAAUUAAUGCCUACAUCUACUUUUAAUUUUGGUUUAACUAUUGAAAAAUUUUCUGAUAAUCUUUGUUCGGAUUUUGGAAAUUUCAAAUCUAUAUGUAAACAUAUAAUGACAUCAACAGAAAAUACUCGUUAUGUUAAUAUUUAUAUGGCUUUAUUAAAAAAUAAUCCAAAAUUACUUGAUAAUGAAUUACAAAAACAAAAUAUAGAUACAUGUGAUCAAUGUAAAAUUACUAUUCAAUCAUCAAAAGAUUUUCUAAUAAAUGAAUUAGAAAUAGUUCGUAAUAUUUUACUUAAAAUAUGUGAAAUGUCUUCAUCAAAAGAUCAAUGUCAAAAUUUUAUUAAUCAACGAUUUGAUAAUGUUAAAUCUUAUUUAGAUAAUAUUAAUCCUGAACAAUAUUGUCAAUCAAUGCAUCUUUGUUCAAUAUCUUUAAAUAAUAAAUGUUCAACAUGUAUUGAACAUUUACAAUUAAGAAAAGAUGGAAUUUUACAAGCUAUUGAUCGUCUUACUGGAUAUUUUAAUGAUCUUUGUCAAUUAAAUGCUGAAAAACAAUGUCAAAUAUAUAUUCAACAAGUACAUGAUUUAAUUCAAAUAUCAUUUGAAGAAUUUAAUCCAAAAGAAACUUGUAAUUUAAUUGGUUUUUGUACAAUAGAUAAUAUUAAAAAUGAUAUCGAUUUUAAUACAUUUGAAAAAUAUUUAGAAGAUGAAAUUGAUAAAAAUAUUUGUUCAAAAUUUGGUCCAUUUGAAACAUUAUGUACAAGUGUUAUGCAUGGAGAUACAGAAAAAAUUCAAAAAUUAAAGAUAAAUUAUGAUAUUAAAGAUUUAAUGAAAAUUGAUGAAGAACUAACAGAAGAUUUAUCUGAUUCAAAAGAUCUUGAUGAACCCGAACAAGAUAAAUGCAAACGUUGUAUCUUUCGAAUAAUUCGACGAAAACGACAUACUAAAUUUAUCGGUGACAAAAUCUUUAUCGCUUUAAUUCGUUCAUGUAAAAAUUGUCCAGCUCAAUAUCAAUGUCGUCGAUAUUGGCGAAUGGCUAAAAGACGAUUUGAUUCACGUAUUGAUCAUAUUUGUCCAAAACGAGUUUGUAUUCAUCUUGGUUUUUGUAAUAAAACAGUAUUAUGUAAUCAAAUGCAAGGUUUUCAAGAAAUAUGUAAAGAAUCAAUUCAUUCAAGUGAAACAGAAAUUAAAGAAAUAAAACCAAUUGAUGAUUCAAAUUCUACAUGUAUUCUAUGUGAAUAUAUAAUGAAUAUUCUUUCAAAUUAUAUUAAUCGUCAAUCAACUGAAAAAGAUAUUGAAGAAAAUUUACAAAAAAUUUGUAAUUUAAUGCCAUCCAUAUUACAAAAUCAAUGUCAUGAUUAUAUUUAUAAUUAUAGUCCAUUAAUAAUUACAACACUUCUUCAAGAAUUUGAUCUUUCAACAAUUUGUCAUAAACUUAAUUUAUGUACAAAUCAAAUGAAAUUUGAUAUAACACAUAUAAUAAAAGCAAAUCCAUCAACAUGUGGUAUUUGUGAUUAUAUAUCAACAUAUAUACAUUUUGCUCUUAAACGUGAUUCAUCUGAAAAAUCUCUUCAACAUGCAUUGUCAACUGUUUGUUCACAUUUAUUAACUGAUAUAGAAUAUUCAAAAUGUCAAACCAUAGUUAAUUUAUUUUCACCACAGUUUCAACAAUUAGAAUUAAGUCCAGGAAAUAAUUUUUGUAAACAAUUAACCAUAUGUCAAACACCAAUGAUCGAAUUACAACCAGCAAUAUCAAUCAAAAAGGAAGAUAAAACUGAUUCAAUUGAAGAGCCUUGGAUUGUUGACAAUUUAAGUUCAACUCCAAAAUGUACAAUAUGUCAGUAUGUUAUUUCAUAUUUGGAUGCAGCUUUAAAAAAUAAUAAAUCAGAAGAAGCUAUUGAAGAAGCAUUAGAAAAAGUAUGCACUAUUUUGCCAAGUAAAGAACGUACAGAAUGUGAUGAACUUAUUAAAACUUAUGGACCUGUUAUUGCCGAAUUAAUUGCUCAAUCAGCCGAUCCAGAUACAAUUUGUCGUUAUCUUGGAAUGUGUCAAGAUUCUAUAACUAAGAAAUCGACAACAAGUUCAACACCAACAAGAUAUGGUAAAUGUAUAUUUGGCAUGAAAUAUUGGUGUACAUCUCAUGAAAAUGCUAAAUUAUGCAAUGCUGUUGAAUUAUGUGAACGUGAAGUUUGGUCGAAAAAGAACAUUUAA